AGCUGCGACAGGGAGACAGUGGGCAAAGAAAGUAGCGAUGCCACUCCACCCCGGUGCUAAAAAGAACAGUGGGAGCAGUUUGGGUGUACUCGGCAAAUAGUAUUAUCACCGGGAUCUUUGGAAGGAGUCUCGCGGUUGCUGGAGUCUAUCUUCUAAACCGCUCCGGAAUGAUCUUGCUGGAACGGAACGUUUGCUACUCCAGGAAGGAUAAUCAGUAUUAGAAAGUUAACACGGGGAGCAGUAGCUUCUGUUUCUUUCACAGCGAACCGGAAAAUGUUUCUUCCAAGAUUUGGAAUCAUAGUAGAAAAAUAAUUAAAUUUUGAACUUUUCGACAUAUGGUAAACACCAAAAGAAAUACAAACCGGUCUAAAUGGAUUUUCGGUCUAGCCAACAAAAUCUAGUUAUGUAUAUUAAAUCAUAAUCAUAAGCCUUAAUAUAUAUCCAAUAUGUGUGCAUAAGACAGAAAGAGAUCUUAGCAGGGCCCGUAUUUUACUCUUGGAACCUAUCCUUGCAUCUCCAGAGUUUCCUUUCCAUGUUUGGGAACAGUUGUUUUAGCUUGAGUGUUGUUUAUGUAUUUCUAACGACAAUGGUUCAUGUCCCACUGGAUGUUAUUUGGUCUGAAGUAGCUGUUAUUGAACCAGAUUUAUCUAUUUUGUGAUAUACUCUAGUAAUACUACUAGGGUGAACAAUGGUUUUAGUCCCAGGGGCUAACAUUCUUCUUUUCACUUCGACUCCAUCAUUGUGUGUGGCCUGGCAAAGAUAAAUAAUGGACCUCAUAUCAAGAAUUUUACAUUUAUAGGAUCCAAUCUUACGUUUAUGGUGUAAUGAAUACACCAUUGCAUCAAAUCUCUGUAAUCCCAGCUCAAGAUGUUACUUUUUCCAGAGUUUCUAAAAAGAAAGCCAAGAGGAAAGAACAGGCAUCUGCUACACCAACCAAUCAGGACAUUUGCAGUUCCAGUGCAGUGGGUUUUGAAUGUUGUCAUCCCAGUCCAGUACAAUCUGCUGUUAUCUUGAAAAAUCUUGUCUGCCAGAAUGCUCUGACUCCAGUGGCCACUGUGACAGUAACCUGUCAGAAUAUGGUGCAGGCUUCCAAGGCAAACUCCCAUGGGCAUGGACGUGUCUAUUCUCUCAAGUCUAACAAUGAAAAAUCCAGCCAUGCUCUGAAAUACUCCAAGUCUCUCAGUGAUAUGGAUCAGAAGGCUCCGAAUACAAUUGACAGAUUUAGCUGCAUGGAACGUACAUGUUCAGAAGGCAGACUUGCCCAAAUGCAAGAGCAGUGUUUAAGACUUAACAUAUGUCAUAAGGAGGAGAAAUCAUUCAGCUUCAGGCCCUUCACUGUUAACAAUGGCAGACUUUCAUAUUUCUGGUCACUCUCGACCAAUUACUCAAGCACUUCUCUGGCUACUGAUAGUCAUAGUGCUGUACGUAUUCCUCUCCUGGAGGACAAGUAUAGCAACGAAAUCUCCCAGAAUAAAGAUUUGUUGCAGUACCUUUUCUCUUUCUCUCAUAGUUCCAAAUCAAGCAGUCAUGAACUGGAUAACAAGUCAAGCUGUCUCCGGCCAGAGAAAUCAUCCACUGGUAUGCUAGAGAGCACAGGUUUCUGUUCAGAUGAUAUGGGAGAUGAUGAUGUCUUUGAGGACAAUUCUAUGAGGCUGAACAGUACAGCACUACGGGCACCACUCUGCUCAACUGAAAAGGAUAGUGAUCUAGACUGCCCUUCCCAAUUGUCAGAAAAUUUCCCUCCACUUUCCCCUGUGUCUGUGUCUGGAGAUGUCUGCAGGAUAUGCCAUUGUGAAGGAGAUGAUGAGAGCCCAUUAAUUACUCCCUGUCAUUGCACCGGAAGCCUUAAUUUUGUCCAUCAAGCUUGUCUGCAGCAGUGGAUCAAGAGCUCAGACAUCCGUUGCUGUGAACUCUGCAAAUAUGAAUUCAUCAUGGACACCAAAUUGAAACCUUUAAGAAAAUGGGAGAAACUGCAGAUGACAGGCAGUGAGCAAAGAAAGAUCAUGUGCUCUGUAACUUUCCAUAUCAUUGCUAUCACUUGUGUGGUGUGGUCACUCUAUGUCCUCAUAGACCGGACGGCUGAAGAAAUUAAACACGGAGAAUCCAUGGGUAUUCUAGAAUGGCCAUUUUGGACUAAGCUAGUAGUAGUAGCUAUUGGUUUCACCGGUGGAAUUCUUUUCAUGUAUGUUCAAUGCAAAGUUUAUGUACAACUGUGGAAAAGACUUAAAGCUUAUAACCGUGUGAUAUAUGUACAGAACUGCCCAGACAUAAGCAAAAAAAGCAGAUUAGAAAAACAAAAUGCUGAAUAUUCAAGUAUCUUCAGAAGCCAUCAUACAGAGACUACCAGUUCAAAUUGCACAGAAACUGAAAAUGUGAAUGCUAACAUUCUUCAUAUUUGACAUGUUUUUUUCUUGAAGAUUUGGAUCAGCAUUAUUUACUAUUUUCAGAUAUUUAACUUAAGACUGAGUUGGUAGAAAUAUUCUUCUUUUACCAGAGCAUCAAUCAGAAGAUAAACCGAAGAAAGUCUGCUUGAAUGAUAUAUAAAUGAUGUUAAUCAUUAUUUUCUCUCCAUUUUAAAACAAUUCAGUUUUGGUCAAUCAUUCUAAAAUAUGUCUUGGUUACAUUAAGAAAGUGUCUUUUCUCUACUAUAUGAAACUAUUAAAUGAGAUACAAAGGAGGAAAUAUGUUUUUACAUAAACAUACUAUUAUACAUACCUCUAUAGUGUACCAGGACCCCAUUUACAAAUCUUCAUGUUGUAAAUAGUAUGUAGUUCUACUAUUGCUAUAAAUAAUUUGCCUACACUGUAUUUGUGAACUGUAUCACACUCAGGGUAGGGAUGUCAAAACAUGAAGCACUUUUAAUUGUUUUUAUAUUAUAACAAAUUUGAAACAAUCUCAGUUCAGUGUGUUCCUUUGAAUUACUGAAAGCACAUUAAUAUGUAGACCUGACCAUUUGCCUUAAAACAACAAGGUUUGUACUAAAAUUUUCCUCAAAUGUUCUUAUGUCUAAUAAUAAAUACUUUCUUGACAUUUUG